AUGCACGGGCAUGCGCAUCACAACCAUGAGCGCAACGUGGAGGAACUUGAGCCUCGGGGAGACGUUGACGAGCGUGGAAAUGUCGUGAUUGUGUACAAGACCAUGGAACCAGAUUUUGUAGGCGAGAUUGGCGGCUACCUCACUGGUGACCAACAAACUACUGAGGCAAACACUGCGACACAGAAGGCCGUCGGGGUCGGUGCUGCUGUGGGGGUGCACGCUACGACCACCAAAGAGCAGACAGCGGAGGCCAAGGCAACUGAUGAUCCAACGACCACCAAGGCCAAGGAGGAAGCGACUACCACCCAGCACACCGAGGCCAAAACCACCCAAGAGACAGAGGCGGAGACCACCGAAACGACCAAGGCUGAAACGACCGAGAAGACUGAAAAAAGUGACACCGAAGCAUCUACCACUACUACGAGUCAAAAUCCGCAGAAAGUUGUGACUGUAAGCUCUUUUGUGACUUCUGCAUCACAAACCUCAGAGUCUAGCCAAUAUGUCGACAAUAUUCUUGCAGCCACGUCCAGUGCUUCAGCUACAGACUCGGCCGCUUCAGCCUCAAACACUGCCCUUGGAAGCACCACAUCUGAAGGUAUGACCGGAGGCGCGAAGGCUGGUGUAGCCAUCGGUGUGAUCUUCGGUGUCGGCGUCAUCGCUGCAUUGAUCUUCUUCCUCAUCCGCAAGAAGAAGAACAAGGCCCAGGAGGGAUACCAGCAGGAGAAUGAAAAGGCAUUUGGCGGCGAGGGCCUACCCGAAGGCUACGCUUCCAACUUGCCGCCACCUCCCCCCGCCAAACCAGACACCCCUUCUACCCCCCCAGUGCUCAAUGUUCGUCCCGUUACUCAAUUUGCACCUGAUCUGAGUGGCGGCAGCGGCUUCAAACCGGCCGCAGCUGGUGCUGUUGGUGCCGCUGGUUUUGCAGCUGGCUCUGCCGCCGUUGCUUCCCGCAAUCUCACUGGUGACACGCCGCCUGCGACUCCGCCUAAACCUGUUGUCGAUAGCCCCAACCCGUUCAGCGACCCAGUGAAUCCAUUUGGUUCAGCUACCACUCCCGUCACAGAACACGCACCCUCAAUCGCCGAGUCUAGCACUGGUCCACCCGGACCGACUGUUGCAGCUGCCGCAGUUGGUACAGCCGCCGCAGGAGCUGCUGUGGGAGCUGCCGCUUCAUCUCGCCAGUCCAGUGAUCGUGAUAGCUACGAGUCUGCACGCUCGCGUGGUCACUCCCCGACUGAAUCUAAUCAUUCCUCGACAAUGCCUGCCUAUGCUGAAGGUAUCACUGCCGCGGGUGCUGGUGCUGCAGCUGGCCCAAUGAUUGCGGGUGCCGGUGGGCCUCCACCACCCAACAAUGUUCACCGCGUACAAUUGGAUUUCAACCCCUCCAUGGAGGACGAGUUAGGUCUCCGCUCCGGCUCCCUUGUGCGGUUGGUUCACGAAUACGACGAUGGAUGGGCUCUCUGCAUCCGCCUCAAUGGCUCACAGCAAGGAGCUCGCGGUCCACCUAUCAUGGGCCCUGAUGGACGCCCAAUGAUGCCGGGUGGCCCACCGCCCCCUGGACGCUUCUAUCCUCAAGACGUCCGCCCGAGAUCUCCCAAUGGCCCUGGCUUCGGCGGUCCACCACCUCGCCCCUAUCCCAGCGGCUCGAUGGGCCCCGUCCAGUUCCCGCAGGUUCCUCGCUCAAUGUCACCAGGACCGGGCGGAAUGCCUGACCCUCGCUCAAUGUCCCCAGGCCCCGGAGGCAUGCCUCGCUCCAUGUCUCCUGGCCCUGGUCCCCGACCGGGCCCACGCUCCAUGAGUCCUGGUCCAUAUGGACACCCAGGCAUGCAGCGACCCAUGAUGCCCGUUAACCAGCGUCAACGCAGCAACAGCGCUGGCAACAUCGCACCUCCUAUGGCUGCACCCGCCGCUCCACCUGUCUCCAGCCCACUAGCCGCUCCUGCCCCCGCUCCCACAAGUGGACUUCCACCACUCCCGCCUUCUGCGCCAACGUCUCCGUCUGGCUCGAUCUCGCGAAAGCCCCUCCCCGCAAAGGACGCUUGA